AUGCAGGCUCAGGCAGCUUCCCCUAGAAUCGAAUCGCAGCCAGGGCCGUCGGCUACGAACACGGCCCCGACAAACCAGCGCCCAACGAUGAGGAGAAAGAGCUCGGCCCAGAAUCUGUUGGCUUCUUUCAAGCCUAACAGCAGCAACAGCAACGCGAACAACAGUUCUCCCUCUUCCGCCGUUCCGACUCCUUCCCCUUCACCAAUACCCAUCCCCGUACCUCCCCAGCCGUCUUCGGCCGCACCCAUGCAGAUGUCUCUCGGUGGACCGGGCCCAGCAUCCUCAUCUGUUACCUCUUCCUUCUCGUUCGCGUCGACACCAACGGCCUACACACCCAUACAGAAAGAAUGGGAUAACCAAAGCAUGCAUUCCGACGGUGCUAGCCAGCCACCACAAACUGCCAGCAAUUCCGCGUUUUCGCAAGGUGCCACUGUCGAGUACUUGAGGGAUCUUGUCCAGAAGAGGAUCAUCACCUUAACUUACAUGCGGAAUGUCCAUGACGGACGAAGUCAUUGGUUUCACACAAUCAUGAUGUCGCGGCCAGAGCUCGACAGAGUGUUCAGCAACGCUGCCAUGAAGAAGAGAACUUCACGCUUCGCGAUCCUCGCUAUGUCUCUCGCCACCCUGUUCGACGUACAUCAACCCCAGGAUCUCAUGCGUGGUCUAUUGAACACCCUGACCGAAUACGAGCAAUCAAAAGAGGACAAGUACAACGACCCACGUCCAGCUAAGAUGCGAAUAUUUAGACGUCGAAAAGGAGCACCAGGAAUGUCAGACUUUUCAUUAGGAAUGCCCAUCCCCGACACAUCAGAAACAUCCUACCUCAUGACACCACACAUUCCUUUCCCCCUAGACUACCACCAAACCCUCCUCUCCCUCCUCGACGUCCUCUCCGAAGUUUACUCCAAGCUCUCUAAAUUCCUCGGCCCAUCUCCUUUCCCACACGCAACCCAACAUAUGCUCGGCCCCCUAGGCCUCCUCUCUCCCCAUCCCGGUGUCUCGUAUCUCUUCUCAGGCGCAGAUGCCGCACCAGUAGGCGAUGGUGACGGGUUAUGGGGGAUCGCGCAUGGGGGCAUAGGGCCAGGACCGGGCGUGGCUGCCGCUGCUGCACCUGGUGCUGGUGGAGCGGGAGCAGGAGGCGCUCCUGGGGCUAGUGGGUUUCAUGGAGGGUUUGGUGGUCAGAGUAAUGGUGGAGGUGUAGGGAUGGGAGGUGGAGGGCCGUUGGCGAGUCCACCGCCGAGUUGGACGCCAGCGCUGGGAGAGAUGGUGUUGAAAGUGGAUACGAAGUUCAAAAAAAUCAUCUCGACGCUAUUGAAGGACUUGGAUGCAUUUGCGAGGAACGAGAUCAAGGACGAGCUCGCAUCGCUGGAUCCGCUGCUGAGGAAUGUGGCAGUGGCGGACGAGAGCCGGGCGACGUAUGAUUUCGAAGGAACUAUCUGAUUCUCAACUUAUCCUAUCCUCUUUCAUCCCUUCCUUGGAAGAACCUUUAUCUAGCUCAUAUGAGCGCGGACUAUGCUCCACGCCAGAUGUAUGGACAUCGUUGCCCCGCCAGCUCCUUUUCUUUUCGCGAAGCUUGCCUUCUCUUUCUUUUUCUUUCGUUAUUUGCUCUGGAUACCCUUUUAUGCGUCUCUGUGCUCCCUUGUUCGAUGUCUUGUGUCCGGCUUGUAACUCUUAGACUCUUUGUAACAAUUCAGAAUCAGUAUGAGUAGUACAAUAGUUGACGGCUAAUUCCGCCUUCC